UAUGUGACUACUGUGCUCUGUGAUUGAUUGAUAUAUUCAUUUCCAUUAGUAGAUACUAAAUAUGGAAACAGCUCUCCUGUUAUGCAUAGCAGGUGCAUGUGAGCAGAGAAAAAAUGCUUUUGGUAGCGAGGAUUAAAAGGAGGGUUUUGUUUGAGUUGCCGGCUGGAAUGUUUUCUUUUGUUUUUUCUCACAAUAACAAAGGGCAGAAUGUACUGUAUUUGUACAACUUUCUCUUCUACUUUGAUUCAAAUCCAAGUAAUAAAAAUCCAAUGCACUUGGCAGAGCUGUCUAACUUCCAACUAGGAAGGAUGCUGAAGUCUUAAUGCUUUGAGCCUGAAGUGAAAAAUGGGAUUCAGUAAUGCCUACCGUGUCGAAUUGGAGGAACAUUUCUUCCUGCUGCUGCAUUUGUCCUCCAGUGCAGUCGUUUCACUGGCAGAGACUUGAGAGGGAGGAGUAAGAGACAAGCUGCCAGGGAGGUUAUUUCAACCCUGCAGUAAGCCAGGCUGGGAUUGAGAAGGAGCACCUUUGUGCUGCAGGGCCUUCCACCGAGCUUCAUAUCUGGACUAUUUAUUUAUUUUUGUUCUGGGAUAUUUUAAAUGUUUGUUUUUUUUUCCCACACUGAAUUAAUAGUGGUUUUUGUUUUUGUUUUGUUUUUUCAACUGAACUUGUCUCCACAUUUCAAGAAGUCAUCAUUAGGAAUAAUCUAAUAUCUGUAUCCUCGUCUCUCUGUUUUCGCGGCUGAUUGAUCUUCAAGGAAUUCUGGAAUGACUUGCGUGGCUGAGAAGGUGUUGAUAAAACUAAAACUGCUUCAGACUCUGAAUGAACUCAAUUUUCUAUCCGUGUAGUUGGUGUGGCGUUUAAAAGGAAAAAAGUCUCUGAGUUCUUUAAACCUGAUUGAACUAAAGGACAAUUACCUAAAGCUGUUCAUGUAGAGACUGUGGUUUUAAUGGCAAUAUUUGGGUCCAUCUAAUUGCUGCUGCAGCCCAAGAGGUGUGUUUUGGGUUUCUUUUCUUUACUAUGUCAGCUGUUUAACGAACCAGCAUCAGUGGGGACUAUCUAAAAAGGCAAACAGAAUUACCUUUCCUGUUAAAGUUGAAGACAGGUGCACAACCUGCUUUUAUUCAUGCAAGCUCCUGUCCUUUUUUUAAUUUAUUUAUAAAAUAGCAGUAAGCAUGGCAACAGCUCAGCAUCGCUUUAUCUCCCGGCAUGUGAGAGUGGUGACUGCUCACUGGAUUUAAAGAGAAAUUACACUGCAGACAAUUCGGAGCAGCAUCUGUGAGCAUUGCAAGGAGCGGGGAAGAGAGAGAGAGAGAGAGAGAGAGAGAGAGAGAGCUUUGACGCUGCACUAAUACAGCAUUAAUACAGCCAGCAAGCAAUCACAACUGGUCAGGGCUUGCAAACCGAGCCCUGAACUGAAGAUCACGGCCAGACACUCAAGAUGAACUCUUCCUUCGAUGGAAAUCAGUCCAGCCAAACCUUCUGUCUCCUGGGCAUCAGUUAUUCACAGACUGUCAACAUCUGCGUCCUGGAAGUUGUAAUCAUUAUUUUUCUUACUGUGCUGAUCAUUUCAGGCAACCUUGUUGUUAUUUUUGUAUUUCAUUGUGCACCUCUGUUGAACCACCACACAACAAGCUAUUUCAUCCAAACCAUGGCAUACGCUGAUCUCUUUGUAGGGGUGAGUUGUCUGGUCCCUUCAUUGUCCCUGCUGCACUACCCCACGGGGUUUCAAGAGUCUGUGACUUGCAAGAUUUUCGGAUACAUAGUCUCUGUUCUCAAAAGCGUUUCCAUGGCUUCGUUAGCUUGCAUCAGUGUUGAUAGAUACAUUGCAAUUACAAGACCCUUAUCGUAUAACACUCUGGUCACACCGUGGAGGCUACGGGUCUGCAUUUUUCUUAUCUGGAUCUACUCCUGCUUGGUUUUCCUUCCUUCCUUUUUAAACUGGGGCAAACCAGGCUACCACGGAGACAUAUUUAAGUCUUGUGCCAUACACUGGGAUACAAACGCCCAUUUUACCUGUUUUAUUGUGGUGCUACUGUAUGCGCCAGCUGCUUUUACCGUCUGCUUUACCUACUUUAACAUAUUCCGUAUCUGUCAGCAGCACAAUAAAGAAAUCAAUGACCGCCGAGCACGCUUCAGCUCACAGGAGGGAGACUCUGCCGACAGCCAGGCCUGCCCGGACAAGCGCUACGCUAUGGUUUUGUUUCGCAUCACCAGCGUCUUCUACGUCCUGUGGUUGCCCUAUAUCAUCUACUUCCUGCUGGAGAGCUCCAACAUUUACAGCAAUCCCGUCGCUUCCUUCCUGACCACCUGGCUGGCCAUCAGCAACAGCUUCUGCAACUGUGUCAUCUACAGCCUCUCCAACAGUGUCUUCCGGAAAGGACUGAAGCGGCUUUCUGGCGCCCUCUGUGCCUCCUGCACCUACCACGUGAAGAGCAAGAAGCCUCUGCCUCAAAGCAGCAAGCGGUCCACAAACGGCUGCAAUGCUUAGCAAGCACAAACAAAAACUGGUGAAGCAGAGUGUUUGUGUUUUGCUUGCAAGUUGGUCCCUACUGAACUAACAAUAUGAUCUGAUUUGUUUGAAAGCAAAACAGGGGUUAAAAGAAGUAUAUCUCUGUGAUCUCACACUGGGGGUGUGUGUCUGUGUGUAGAUGCAGUUAAAUGUAGUUGGAGCGGGAUCUCCCAUUACUAUUAGUAAUUCAAGGGGGGUUACUACUGGUUAUGCCCCGUAUGGUGUUAUUCAGAGGAGUCCAACAAUAUGUUUGUCUUCAAGUGGUGGGCUUGGAUGGUCUCGUGUACAGAUUGUGGUCAGUUUGUGCAUCCAUGUUUGUGUUAAAUUGGUAGUAGUUUCAUCAUGCUUUUUAAAACUGUGUGCUCCUGCAUUAUGCUUAAAAGUAUGAUUUGAGGAGCUUAAAAUGCAAAAUAAUUUAUUUAAAAUAAAAACAAAUACAGCAAUGAUGCUGCCUUUCAGUUCACUGGAUAAAAAAAAAAUGACUUGAUUUAAAUUGACUCACUUGAAGUCCUUGGUGUUCUGUAUACAUAUUGCUCGUGAUCAGUUUAACCUAUUCACAUUUUCCAAAUGUUUUAAACAAAGCAGCUAGGCUUCUCCAGUUCUUUACAAAACUCAAAAGAGAUUAUUCAGUAUAUAAAGUCCAUCGAUCUGCUCCACUUGUGGUCAGUCAGUAAGUCUAAAGAAAUCUCUAAAUGUAUAACCAUUUCCACACUACCAAAUCACUCCUUAAAAGCUCUGUGCAUCCUAGUUGCUUUUUUCCCCUGAAGAUUAUAUAUGUUUCUUAUGCUAGAGUGAAUCAAGCGCUGCUUAAACGGAACCAUGCUGGUAGUGCUGCGUGGGGUAAAGUUGGAAACCACUGUGUUGCAUGAAAUUAGUGCUGUGUUUGGAGACUAUGGUUAGUGUUUAUUGUACCUUAAAUAUUAUGGUUUUGUCAAAAUAAGCAUGAAUAAACACAGCAAGUGGGCCUGCAGUGGUGGUAGUGAUAUCUGACUAAUAAAAAAAAAAACUUGGGGAUAAUUUAAACCUGAUGUCGCUGACUGAGAGCAAAAACAUGUGACAAACAAAAUCAUUGUUUUGAGAUGGGAGCUUUCAAAUGUAAAUUAUCAAAUAUAUAAUGUAGCGCUUUUUUUUUUUUUUUUUGCAAAACAGUAGUUCAAGAAUGUAACAUUUACUUGGCAGUAAAUAUUACCUGUAACAAUAGCUGUCUGUUUUAUACCAUGGGGACAUGGCUUAUGAUAAGGGGCCACUUACUUGGUUGCACUGGGUUUUUUUUUUUUAAAUGAACACAAUUACGAGUGUUAUUCCAGGUCACGCGUGUUUUAGAACGAUAUUGCCUGCAGGGAAAAUAAAUGUUUAUAUUUUUCCAUGUUAGUUUCUCUGUUUGCGAGCCAAUGAUUUGACUGCUAUCUCCCGAAAAGAAAUGUCAUGCUGCGAAGAAGCCAAUUUGUUAUAUUGCACCCCCCCCCUCUCAACUUCCAGUUUAGCUGCAUAAUGAUAAAACUGAACAGAACAUUUUUAGACAAGUCUGAAAUUGCAGUGUGUAUUAUGAAUGUUCACAAAAUUACAACAUAAAAAAGGCUGCCUAUUGCAGAAAAGGUUGUACAGUACAUGGUUUGCAUUUAUCAAGUGUAAACAUUCCCUCUAAGCCUCAUAGACCCGCAUACUUACAGCCUUGUUUCAAUCGACCAAGAUCUAACAACCUAGUAGACAAUAGAGAAAAACAAAAUGGCUGCAGAUGUUUUAGUUACAAGAAGGGACAUUUUCUGUUUUGGGUUAUUUUUUGUUGGAGAAUGAGUUCACAAAUCAAAUUAAAAGACAAGCUUUAAAGAGGUUUUCACUGUAACAAUUGUAGUAAUCGGACAGUAGUGGUCAGUGUUUUUUACAGACUGUAUACAGUACACAAGAAUUUGAGAUGUUGUUGUAAGUGACUCUGCAGCCGAUGCAUAGUUCACACACCGUAGUCUCUGUAAGUCGCCUGGAAAAAGGCGUCUGCUAAUAAACAAAUAAUAAUUGAAAAUACGGACAUAUCCAAAAGUAAUAAAUAACGUCUGUUAUGGUUUUGAAUUUUUAACUUGAAACAUUUUUUUUAUUUAAUUAAAGGCAUGCAAAACAUAUUCUGGGUUGUAUGGCCAAAACAUCUUACCUUACUAAUAUGCAAAGUUUUUUCGUAUUCUUCCAUUUAUUCACCUGAUUUCCCUUAACAACAUGUUUGACCUUAAAAUAAGAGUUAAAAAUAGAAACAGCCUCCAAUCCUUAAAGCCAAAGAUCUUUUCUGUGUCAUAUUUUCCAUAAUCUUCACUGAUGAAAUCAUUGUGUGUGAUAACAAAGAAAAUUGCAUGGUAGAUUAUAAUGAAUUUACUAGAACUUAAUGAAGUUUGGUGUCAAGAUUUAUAGCUGUGAUAACCAAAAGCUUAUUAAAAGGGUGGAGUUCAGUAAGACAUUCAGUAAAUCUGCAGUUUCUUAUGAAAUGUGUGAAAAUAAAUAUGUUGGUUUGAGACUAUGAAUUUGAAUUUGAUCGGUGAUUUUCUAGAUACUGCAGCAUUUUUCCACAGUACACAAAAUGCUGGUUGCUAAGCGUACUACCGUAUGUGAAUAGUUUUUAAAAGCUGAACUGUCCUCUUUACUAACUCAAUUUCAAGUAGAAUUCUCAAUUUAUUUCUAACUACCCGAUAUAGUGUCAUAGUCGCAAAGCAUUUUUAACCCAUUGCAAAGUUUAUACCACUUUUUUUUCCUUAAAAGAAAACAUUGAUUAGCACUGGGAUUAAUGCUUUGAGAAUGUGUCACUAUAAUUGAAAUUAUCAGUGUGAAAUCUGAUUGAGAAAGACAUUGAAAUCACUUUUUCCUAACAAAUAAACACUGCUUGGCAUUGCUUUGGUACCCAUUGCAGUUCAUGUUUUUAUUCCUUUUCACAAAGGUUAGUACAGUAACCAGCCUCUUGUGUUGUGCAAGAGCAUCUCCUCAUAUUUAACCCUGCUGACGCAUACUGGAGGCACCUGUAUGAUUUAUGGGUUAUAUAUGAAGGAGCCAGCCAGUCUCUCUGUCCAACAUGUUCAUGUCGAUGAAAGGUGAUCCACUUUUUCACGAUGCUUGUAUCUCUAAUUUUGUAUUUACAGCUAUGGCUGGGGAUGCACACGUGUUGCUUCUUGAUAUAUUGCAACAUUCAAAAACAUUUCCCAAGUGCAAAGUACAUGCGCUUUUAAAUGAAGAGUUUACCAAAGCAGUGGUGUGUUUGUGACUUGUCAUUCUAAGGUUAGUUGAAUAGCGCCAUAGAACAGGGAAACACAGGGUCAUAAAGCAAUGAAUUAACACCUAAAGAUUAAGGUCAGUGUAAGCAUUGGACAUUUUUAAAAGAGUCAUAUUUAAGCUUUCUCUUAGGAUUGAGAACAAGAUAACAUUGUUGCUUCUGGCUUGUUGCAUCUUAAUGGAAUGUGAACUAGCUAAUGUGCUGUAUUUGCAUUUUGGAAAGUCUGAGGUUAUAUAAAGGCCACUCAUUCGUUUGGUAAUCUUAAGCUGGAACAAAAGCCUUGAUUAUACCUCUCUUGGGAACUAACAUUAACUAAAAUAGCAAGACCUCCAAUUACACAAUUCCUUACAUUUUCUAACUUUAGCAACCAGAGAAACUUUAGGGGUGCCAGCUGACCCUCUUUUGGGGAGUCUGUCCCUCAUUUUACUUGCUGCCGCUCAUCAGUCAGCUUUGAUGAUUGAUUAACAUCAGGUAUAAUGGUAGUUCAUUGGCUUCAUGUGAAUAAGAUUUGUGUCUCUCUUAUGGGUGGAAGAGCGGAUAGAAUUGCUAUUGUUACAUUUAAAUAUUUUUGGUUGCUUUUGAAACUAAAUUGACUUUUUGCAUUUGUAGAAUGUGAAUCUAUUUGUACUUAUUUUUGUUCUCUGCUAAUUCUAUUGCAUAUAUAGAGUAGAAUAACAAAAAGCAAAAACCAUUAGAAUCUGACAGUGCCUUUUUAUCAUAUCUCCUAUUUAAACAUUUGGUAAAUUGCAGAAUUAUAAGAUUGGAGUUAAUAUGUAAUCAGGGUUUUUAGUUAGGGACUAAAAUGUGGGACAUGGCUGACUCCAAUGAGUCAAUAGAAUAAGAUGAUAAAAACAAACAUAUUAAAUCUGUCCGAUUUAUCAAUUAUAACUGUUAUAAUUCUUAUGGAACUUUAUUGUCAUUUACUAAGGUUAACCAUGCAUGUAUAUAUUUCUGUCUUUGUCCAUUUUAAUAGGGAUCUCAUUAAGUAUUAUCUGAACCCUGAAGGAGAAUUCACUCUUGUUACUUGUACAAUUCCUGUAUGUUUUGAAAAAAAGCUGAUGUGUAUUGCAAAAAAUAAUCUACAGCAUUUCGUGUUUGUGAAUUUCCAACAGGAAUGCCUUUUACGCAUUUUUGUUUUAAAACUGUCAAGAACACAAAGCCAUUCUAAAAUAUCAGCAUUGCCAGUUUGAACUUGAAGAGGGGAAAAACUAAGAGAGGCAUUUCCACAUCGUGGCUAUGAAGUUAUCAUUUUAUUACCAAAGUACUUGAUAAAUCCGGAUGCAGUAGGAUGGUUUCAAGGAAGUGACUUUUGAGUGAUUAUUUAAAGUGUAUUUGUUUAAACCUUUAAUUGAUGUUUGUUUUGGGACUCAGUGGUCUGUAUUAAUAAACAAAGUGGCAACAUGCUGUGCAGAUUGCUUAAAACAUUAAGCACAUUUAUUGUACAGUGUGUACCGUAAACAAACUUGCUAAUGAAUGAUACUGUUUCACAUGUGACACGCAACUUUAAUUUGUGUUAUCCUGUCUGUUUCAGGACCCGGAAUACAAUAUUAAUAUUAUUGCUGAUCUAAUCUAAAAAUAAAAUGUACAUUCUUUUUUUUUUAUUCAAAUUCAUACCUUUUUGUACCAUCAACUUUACAUGGCACUAGGCGUGUUAAACGCAUACUACAAAUUAUCAGAUUUAAAGGAUACACGUUUUAAAAUGACUAUUGGCUUUUGAGCAAAAUUAUAUAUUAUAUAGGGAUUUUUAAUUGUUUGUUUAAUUGUUUGGAUGUGCUGGGUGAAAUCUUUUUUUUUUUUUUGUAAAGAAAAACAAUUUUGUUAAAAAUAAUGAACACUGUAAUUACAGUGUUAGGUUGGUGUUUAUUAGAAUGUGCUUUUAGACAUGUGCCAUUCCAGAGUUAUAUCUAGGGAACUGUGCAAUACUGUGUAAUUGUGGCGUUUAGCACUAAAAAAUGCUGUACGUAUAUAUGUGUUUAAAUCAAUUUAAAACAUAUCAUAGAUAAAAUAAAGGGCUUUUGUUCUAAUACAACUCUAAUGAGUUGUCUGUAUGCGCUGUAAACCGAAAGAUGUUUAGCUGUAUUUUAAAAAUUGUGAACCAGUAUUGUCAUGUUGGAUUGUACAUAAAUAUUGAUACAGCAUAUUUUAGAAUGAUUCAAAUAUAUAAUUGAACUGUAUUCAUAGUAAACAAAAAGAUGGAUGACCUGCAAGGUACAUGCAUGGUCAUCAUUUUAUGUAUACAGCUAUAAAGCUGCAUUCCUGUUUCAAGUAUGUGUAUAUGUUAGUCUGUAUGUUAUAACUAACACAUAGGUAUAUCAUGGUACAGCUGUAUAUUUUUCCUUUGCUGAAACCAAUUCCUGCUGGAUUAAGAAACACAAAAAAAUCACUUUUUCUUUUUUUUUUUAAUGAAUUUUUAAAUGUUACUGUGAAUGCUCCUUAUGCUAGUAACAACAUUUUGCUGUGUUAAUUAUAUUGUAUAUCUAGUCCAUCUGAUAUGAGGACACGUUUACAAGAAAUUAUAAAACAAUUUAUCAUUACGAUAACAUCAGACAUUCGCAAACAUUUCCUUAGUGAAGAUGUGGUUUUUUCAUGCCUGUUUACCUAGGUUGUUUAAAAUGGCCCGUUGAAUGUCUUUUGAAUCAGAACUAUAAAAUGUUGGUAAAGAAGGUAAACUUUGUUGUAGCUGUAUUGUUUUUAAAAAGCUACUAAUGGAAUUCAGUAAGAGGUGUGUGUUUAUUUCUUCACUGUUUGUGAAAGUGUUUUUCAGGGCUUUAUUUUGCAUAAAUGAUGAAAGUACUAAAAGGUACAGAAAUGUGUUGACAGUGCAGUAUUUUCACCGAUGCAUGUUUUGGGACAUUGUUUUGCCAAAGACCAAGUAUUAUUUUUCCUGUGGGAAAGUUAUGCUAUGAAAAGAAAACCAACACACUUAAGGGCUAGCCAUCUCUAGGGACUUCCAUUUUCUCAUGUAGAUCUGCACCAAAUUGCCAUAUUUGGAUUUUAAACCAGACUUCUUACAUGUUACUCAAGACACCAUAAAACACAAAUGUUUACUUAACUUGUUUUUACAGGACAGCAUGUUCUACAAGAAAAUGUAAAAAUAUACACCUGCUGUAUUGUUUUCAGAUGUUUAAUAGAAAUGCAUAUGUUUUCUUAAAAUACAUAUCUUUUUGGUUAUUAGUCUUUAUGAAAUCAUCAGCCAUGGGUUAGAAAGUCAAGCAAAACUCUAUAAAUAUUGCCUUGAAAUGUCCCAAAAAAUGCAGGAGCAAAAUUAGGAUAAGUGCAAGUAUUUCACAAAAUGUCUUCUGUACCAUAGUUUAUUAUUUGUGAAGUGCAUAAGCACCUUGAUUUUGUAAUAUGUGUGUGUGUGUGUGUGUGUGUGUGUGUGUGUGUGUUUUUUUUUUAAAUACAAUUGUCUAUCUAGUAACAUUGAUACUAUUUAUAGCAUUGCCUUUUUGGUCCUGUGUAUGUAUAUAUCGGCUUUUCAUUUGGUUAUGUUGUCAGUAAACUGUAAACCGCGUUUGUUUUGUUUUUAUUUGUGGGGUGGGUGGUGGUGGUGUUCACAAAAAAGGAUUCAUUAUUAUUGAGUGACGCACAAAAAAAAACAACAACAACAUAAAGUAAUGUAGUAUUUAGAUCAGUUUAUUACCACACAAAACAAAUAAAUCUUCCUGCAUUAAUGAAAGCAGUGGUGAGUUUCCUAGGCAUUUUAUCUGAUCAUUAUGAUUCAGUGUAUUUGAAGCUGAGUAAUUCUUACAUCAGAAGAAGACAACUAUAACACUAGAUGCUAAAGAAUUUUCAGUUAAAAUAUGUUUUUAAUAUGAAAAAGCCAAUACAGGUUUCUUAGAUUCAACUGUGAGAAAUGUCCAUUUUUUAUAUAAAAACAAAAAUAAAAUAUAUAUUUUAAAGUAUAAGUAAUUGUA